AUGUUUAUUAUAAAAAGUAACCUACUGAGUGAUAACACGUUGGACACGAACGCAAAAAAAGAGCACACCAAAAUAAACAAAUUCUUAAUCAUACUGAUUGUCAUCCUUAAUGUGUUAAGCCUUAUCUUCACGCUGCUGCUGGCCGUCAAAUUUUACCUCUGUUCCUAUAAUGUAACGGCGUUCCUGCUGCUCCUAACCCAGACGUGCCUGUGGUCGUACUUGGCCAUCCUGAACGUCUACGACCAGAAGUUUAUUUUUUCCCUGUCCUCAUUUUUGGGAUUUCACUUAUACACGCAAUGCUACCAAAACUAUGACAAAUUAUUCCUGUCGGACGAAAUCCAAGAAUACCACUUCAUGUCCGUUGCCCUUUCGCACCUGCCUUUUCUCUACAUUUGCUACGACAUUGUCAUAUUUCAGUAUGACAGCGUUUUUAUAAAAAGCACGCUAGACUACACCUAUAAUGACAGCUCCCUCAUAGUCCUGAAUUUUUUAAGGGGAAUAUUUUGCUCCCUGUCAAUAGCAAUCAUUUUUAUAAUCUCCAUGAUCUUAAACAUACAGAACACGUUCAGGACGUAUCCCCUGCUUAAGCUGUCCAACAGCAAAACUAAGAAGUACCUGUUAUCCGUGUUCCUGUUUUACCUGAUCGACUCGCAAAUAAGGAUAGUCACAUUUCUCUUCAUCAUCGAAACGUACGAAGUUAACCCGUUCAAAAUAUUCGUUUUUAUAUUCUCUCAGAUUAUGACCAUAUGCGUGUGCAUCGCCUUCGAUACGCACAUUUUUAAAAACAUAAUUAUUGGCAUCUCCUCAAUUUUGGUGUCUCCCCUGUCUAUUAUAUUGCACUCAACGAACAGAAAUUAUAGUAACGAGAGGGUGGUGCGACUCAGCAAGUUGCUAAUCAAUUUUCGCUUUUUCGAGUUUUUUUUAAUACUUUUUUAUGGGUCAUUAUAUUAUGACGAUGAGGAGAUAGGAAACACCUUCAUACUGUAUAUACAGCUGAUUAACCUCAUAUUGCUAUUCUUUCUCAUAAUAAUAUAUAAAAAGGUGCUGUCUUACAAGAGGAAGUUUGACGAAAACGUGGACGAGCUCAAUGUAGAUUUAUACAACAAUAUAAAUGACAACUAG